GGACAGUAGCAGCAGCAGCAGCAGCAGCAGGUACGUGCAUUGGCGGCCGAUCGGAUUUGUUCGCAGCGCGUUUGGGUACAAGCUGCGCCACGCGUUUUGCGGGCAAUUAAAGUUCACUACGGCAGACGAUCAGGACAGUACGCGAGCUCGGUCGUUGGCUAACGCUGGUGCUGCCGUCAAAUUCCAAAAAGCUCAACGUCACUUAUCGCCGCCGACCCACAUCAAUGCGGGAGACCCAAUUAAAUACACAUGUACUAUCAAUUACGGCGUGGCAGUAGACCAGAAGCGUACCCUAUAAGAAUAUCUUUCAAAAGACAUUCAACAACAUGGAGGCUGAUUUGUGCUGCUAUUCUGAAAACAAUACACACCAUCAUCAGCAUACCAGUGAUAGCCGUAUUGUCUUUUGUCGUGAUAAUCACUCUUUUCUUCAAAUGGAUCGUUUCUUUGGCUCACCGAUACGCUUGCUUAGGAGUUUUAGGAAAUCUUACGAGUAUGUCGAGCAACGAGAUACGGUGGUUGGGAGAGUCGUGGGCUCGGUCUACCGUGUUGUCUGUGUUCAUUCUCGACUCUGAGAUCGAGCUACGGUACUUAAAAGAGCUGGUAAUCAAAAAAGCAUUACCACAAUGCACACGACUGACCGAACGGCCUGUGGUGUUGACAAACGUAUUCGGUAACUCAUAUUGUUGGAUGUCCGAGAGAAAUUCGUUUGACAUCAAUGAACACGUCUACAAAUCAUGUGAUUACCCAAUGGACAAGAAACAAAUCCAAGGGUACAUUGGAAAACUGGUUUCCAGGGGUUUGUCGAUUGAUAAACCCCCGUGGGAAUUGCACUUGCUGUCACGAAACGAUUUGUCGAUGCCCGGGAAACGAGACUCUGUAGUAGUAUUUGUCGCACACCGUUGUUUAGCCGAUUGGAUGUCAUUGGCAAAACUAUUAUGUACAUGUUUGUCGGACACGAAAACGUACUACCAUGUAUCCGAAAAUCCUCCGGAAGUGCUAUAUUGGGCGAACAUGGUAGAGACAAUAUUUACCGGUUCGUUAGAGCUUUUAUGGAAGAUAAUCAACCCUGUUAACAAAAACAAUCACGCAACCCCCCCGGAUGCCUUGUCUUUCAAUUAUAACGUUAGUUGGUGUUGUUUCGAAGGCGCUCUGUCUAAACUAAACCGAAUUAAUCAAGUAACUAAAACACCACAUGGCUUUGUGGUUUUGUCUGCAGUCGCUGGAUCGUUGCACGUAAUGAUGAAACUCAACGGAAUAGUGCAUUUGAACAACAUGAACAUCGUGUACCCGACUCAAAUAGGAAAUACUGAUUACUCGUCGCCAGUGUUGGUUGUGUUACCAACGGGCGUGGAGGGCGCGAUCCCAAGACUGUGGUUUACCAAGAAAGCGAUGGAAAACAUGUACCGAUCCGACCAGGCUCUACAACAAGCAAUAGUUUCUCUUUUGAUGCCCCUAAACGCGUCGGGGGCCAGAACGCUGUUGUCCGAACUCACGGAUAAUACGGCCAGCUUACAAUUUAGCUGGGUGUCGGGUCCCAGGUCGAGGAUCGUGAUCAAAGGAUCUCCGCUGAAAACCGUCUAUUCCAUUUUGCCGCCUCAAAAGAACACCGGCGUGUCAAUCUCGGUGUUCACGUACAACAACGAUGUAUACGUCACCGUCACGGCGGACGACUCGUUUGGGGAAAAGUUUGGCGACACUCUGCUGCACAACCUGAAACAACAGAUUAACCAAAUGUACGAUUUGUUGAGAUACAGGAGGGUGCCCAAAGACAAAAAGUCCACCGCGUCCCUGUUGCCGAAUCACUUGAAAGACUUGUCGGCGAUAAACGUCAAAGAACUGAUGGUGAAGAUGAAAGACAUCCAAAUGAAACUCCAGACGGCCAAGGAGUUGGGAGUUUUCAGCGACGAGGCGAUUGGGUACGCGAAUCAGCUCAAAUACGAAUACUCGACUCUACUCCGCGAAUUGCGGAAAAGGAAAAAGACCAGACAGAGAAAAAGCGUUUGGCAAAUGUGUCACUUCGACGGAUGCUGUGCCGGAGCUCGUCUGAAAUCUAAGUUUGGAUUUCAGAAGGAAGAAACCGAGCCGCUGCCGCCUUUGGUGAAAGUUCCAAAAACGAAAAACACACUCAUCUCACAAUCAACACAGGAUUAUCGACCUAGAAUGCAUAUUUGCAGGUCUAAUGUAUACAGAAAAGAUAGUUUUCUGGGAUUGUCGAAAUUACCAAAAGAACAACUACUCACCCAGAUUUAAAAAAAUGUUUUUCAAAAGGGUUCCUAAGCUAGUUUGGCUUUUUAGUUUUCGUGUUUCCCUAGGAGUCUUAUAUAUUUUACAAUUUGCGUGGUAAAAACAACCUUCGUUAAGAGUUGGGCGUCUACAAUAUUUGCCUAAUAUGAUCAUUUAUUCACAAAAUAUAAAGUCUGCGAGUAUCUACACCGUAAUCCGUAAAACUCAUAACACAUUUUAGUUUUUUAAGUAUAAUUAUUUUAGUUGAAAAUAAAAAAAUUGUGUAUCUAUUUUUUCCUGAUAUUCGAAUAGUAUUUUUUUUAAUUCUCGCUGUGAUUAUAGAUUUUUUUUUAGAUACUUCUUAUAAGUAUUUCGAUGACUUCCAUUAGUUACAUAAUAUAGGACGUAGGUGGUUUGGACCAAUUAAAUCCGCGAGUGCUCAGAUGUUAAAUGGGUAUUGUUAAAUUUUAUUUCGAUUUUACUUUAUCUGAUGUCUGUCUAGAAACAAUAGAACUGAAUUAAAUUUUAAGCAAAUCAUUUUUUGCAGGGUAAUUCAGUUGUUAAUUAAUUUAUAUUUAACGUACCUGUGUUAUAAAAAUGUAAUGUUUCCGUUAAGGAUUCGCAAUUCGCACAACAGUUGUUAUAAUAUUAUAAAUAUUAUAAUAUAGUUGUAAUUUUGGUAUACAAUUUUUUAAUUACAUAAAUGCACUUUAAAUUAUGUCGUUAUUUAACUAUAAAUUUAACCACGAAACAUGUAUUGUUAGAUAAUAAUUAUUAUUAUAUGUAAUGUAUUCACUUUUUACUAUUUCUUUAUAAUGUUUCUUGUUGAAUUGUAUUAUUAAUUACUAUACACACCUAUUAAGCUCAAAACAAAUAUUUAGAUCUUCAUCGUUAUUCAUUUGUUUGUUGAAUAAACUUUUUUUAAUUUAACGGUACUUUGGGAACAACAUUCUGUAUAGAACGCUUAUCUAUCUAUUCAUAUAAAUGUUGGUAAUUAUAUGCUAACGAAAUAAUCUUCGAGUGCAUGACAUUAUAAAAGCUGUUCCAUAGGGUAGUAUAGAAUUAUUAUUGUGAUAUUAAGUUAUUGGAAGUAUACAUUUUCUAGGGUAUUUUAAUAUUAUAAAUAAAGCAAUACGUUCGUUAUGAUAAAUGUGAUUUUAAUGAUUAUCAGAUUAAUUAUAUUGUGUUAAUAGGUUAUAUUAUAACC